CACCGAGAAGUCCUCGCGCACCUUCCUGAGCGGCUUGAGCGACUGCACCAACCUCACCUUCAGCAAAGUGCAGCGGUUCUGGGAGUCCAGCUCCGCCGCGCACAGAGAGAUCUGCGCGGUGCUGGCUGCGGUGACGGAGGUGAUCCGCUCGCAGGGCGGCACGGAGAGCGAGACCGAGUACUUCGCUGCGCUGAUGACGACGCUGGAGGCCGUGGAGUCGCCGGAGUCGCUGGCUGCUGUCGCCUACCUGCUCAACCUGGUGCUGAAGCGGGUGCCAGGGCCCGUGCUGAUAAAGAAGUUCUCGGACACCUCCAAAGUGUUGAUGGGCAUCAUGGCCUCGCAGGCCGGCAGCGGCCCCUCCUCUGCCCUGCGGUGGGUGCUCUCCUGCCUGGCCACGCUGCUGCGGAAGCAGGACCUGGCAGCCUGGAGCUACCCCGUCACGCUGCAGGUUUACCAUGGCUUGCUCAGCUUCACAGUCCACGCCAAGCCCAAGGUGCGGAAGGAAGCCCAGCACGGCGUCUGCUCCAUUCUGAAGGGCAGCGAGUUCCUGUUCGGGGACACGGCUCCCACGCACCACCCGGCUGCGCAGUCCACAGCCCGGUUCUGUGUGCAGGAGAUCGAGAAGUCCGGAGGUACCAAGGAGGCCACCACCACCCUGCAUGUCCUGACCCUGCUCCGGGACCUGCUGCCCUGCCUGCCCCUGGCCGUGGUGAAGACCUGCUGCGAGACCCUGCUCCGCGUCAUGACCCUCAGCCAUGUGCUGGUGACGGCAUGUGCCAUGCAGGCCUUCCACAGCCUCUUCAGUGCCAAGCCUGGCCUGGCGUGCCUAUCUGCCGAGCUCAACGCCCAGAUCAUCACCGCCCUGUACGACUACAUGCCCAGCGAGAACGACCUGCAGCCCCUGCUGGCCUGGCUGGCCGUCAUGGAGAAGGCACACAGCAACCUGGCCAGGCUGCAGAGGGACCUGUGCUGGGGGCACCUCCCCCGCCUCUUCACGGCUGCCGUGAGCUGCCUCCUCUCCCCCCACCCACAGGUGCUGGCGGCCGCGACGCAGACGCUCAAGGCUCUGCUGAGCGAGUGCGUUGCUCCCCACAUGGCCGAGCUGGGGCCCGUUUCUGCCUCCGGACCCGCCUCCCACGUCUGCAGGAUGUUCAGGGCGGUGGAGGAGGGCUUGACGUACCGAUUCCACGCGGCGUGGGCCUCCGUGCUGCAGGUGCUGCGGGCCUUCUUCGAGGUGUGCGGGAAGCAGUGCCAUCCCUUCAUGAGGAAGUGUCUCCAGUCCCUGUGUGACCUGCGCCACUCCCCACACUUCCCCCACACCAGCGAGCUGGACCGGGCGGUGGGGGCUGCCGUGGCCAGCAUGGGCCCCGAGGUGCUGCUGCAGGCUGUGGCCCUGGAGAUAGACGGCACAGAGGAGACGCUGGAUUUCCCCCGGAGCUGGCUCCUGCCGGUGAUCCGGGACCACGUCCAGGGCACGCGGCUCAGCUUCUUCACCAGCUAUUUCCUGCCCCUGGCAGCCACCCUGAAAAGCAGAGCCGUGGAGCUGGCCCAGGCCGGGAAGAGUCUGGAGUCCAAGAUCUAUGACACGCUGCAGUGGCAGAUCUGGACCUUGCUGCCUGGCUUCUGCACCAGGCCCACGGACGUGAUGGCCUCCUUCAAAGGGCUGGCGCGGACGCUGGGCACGGCCAUCAGCGAGCGGGCAGACCUGCGGCUCACCGUCUGCCAGGCCCUGCGCACGCUCAUCAGCAAGGGCUGCGAGACGGACGCCGAGCGGGCGGAGGUCGGCCGCUUCGCCAAGAACUUCCUGCCCAUCCUGUUCAACGUGUACAGCCAGCCGGGGGACGCUGGGGGCGGUGCAGCCCAUCGGCGCGCCGUGCUGGACACCAUCCGCACGUACCUGACGAUCACUGAGCAGCAGAUGGUGUGCGGGUUUCUGGAGAAAGCCAGCGAGAAACUGACCGGCCCCGAGAGCACGGAGUUCACCAGGCUCUCCAUCCUGGACCUGAUUGUGGCCCUGGCGCCCUACGCCGACGAGCCCUCCCUGGGCGCCCUCUACCGCACCAUCCAGCCCUCCCUGCAGAGCAAGGAGCACGGGGUGCAGAAGAAGGCGUACCGCGUGCUGGAGGAGGUGUGCGCGGCCCCCCGGCUCCCCUGCCAGGCCUUCGUCCGCAGCCACCUGGACCAGCUGAAGAGAGAUCUGCUGGGCUCCCUGCAGAGCGCCGCCUCCCCGGCCAAGAGACCGCGGCUCAAGUGCCUGUUCCACAUUGUGAAGCAGCUGACGGCUGAACACGAGGACUUUGUGGUGGCCCUGGUCCCAGAGGUGAUUCUCUGCACCAAGGAGGUGUCGGUGGGGGCCCGGAAGAACGCCUUCCUGCUGCUGGUGGAGAUGGGAGAGGCCUUCCUCCGCUUUGGCCCCACGCCGCAAGGGGCCAUGCAGCGGUUCCUGCUCCUGGUCUACGCGGGGCUGACGGGCUCGGUCACCAUGAUCAGCUGCACCUUGCUGGCGCUGACCCGCCUGCUCUUCCAGUUCAAAGAUCACAUGGGGCUGGCGGUGGCGGAGCAGUUGCUGCAGAACGUCUGCCUGCUGCUGGGCUCGCGCACGCGGGACGUGGUCAAGGCGGCCCUGGGCUUCCUCAAGGUGGCGCUGCUGCUGGUGGACGCCCAGCUACUGGCCAAGCACGUCCAGACGAUG